AUGAGUCAAACACCAAGCCUGAAACGAAAACAACAGACGAUAUCUAGCUUCUUCACCAAGACAGUUACUAGUCCGUCAUCAAAUGGCAGCACAACCGAACAGAGGAAAGGGAAAGUGAAUACCAGCAAUAAAUCUACCCCUGAAAUACCUGCCAGAGCAAAAUCGAGACCCCCACCAAGGGGAAAGAGCAAUGGUAGGGAGCAGGGUGUCGAGGAGGACGAUGAUGAGGACGAAGACAUACUCCCGGUGAAAAAGCGGAUAAGAAGCAGCGCCUGGAAGCCUCCCGAGAAGGAGGCAGAGAAAUCGAUAACAGGGGACAGUCAUGCAGAGGAAGAAGAGGUGGAAGAGGUGGAGGAGGAUGGAGAAGAGAUUCGACCAUCUAGCCCUAUACAAAAUGCAGAACCUCAAUCUUCCGCCUCUCGAGCAGAGAAAUUUCGCUUCCAAUCCUCUUCUGCGCAACCCCCAAUAGACGAACAGAUAUCACCCGCGGAGCGCAAAAGAAAGGAUCAGUUACACCAGAAAUUUGUGCGUCGUUUGGGUGGGCCGGACUGCCUUCCGGCGUUGAGCUCUCAUGAUGGUAAUUCAGAGGCAGAUCCUACUGUCGAAGGCACAGCAAGCGACGAAGAGGAGGGCCCUUCCCCGCCUCCCCAGCCGAAGGGCAAAUCUGCUAAAAAGGUUGGAGGUUCUAAAUUGACGCCAAUGGAGAAACAAAUAAUAGAGAUCAAGAACAAGCAUCUUGACGCCGUGUUGCUGAUCCAGGUUGGAUAUAAAUACCAAUUCUAUGGAGAGGAUGCAAGGAUAGCAGCCAAGGUUCUCAGUAUAGUGUGUAUACCAGGAAAACUCAGGUUUGAUGAACAUCCAUCUGAGGCACACCUGACUCGUUUUGCGUCGGCAAGUGUACCUAUUCAUCGUCUCCACGUACAUGUCAAACGACUGGUGGCCGCUGGGUAUAAGGUCGGCGUGGUAAAACAGUUGGAAACUGCAGCUCUGAAGGCUGCUGGCGACAACAGGAAUGCACCGUUUGUACGGAAGCUAACCAACAUGUAUACCAAAGCAACGUAUAUUGAAGAUGACGCCGAGCUUGAACUAUCUGGUUCUCUGGAGCCAUCUACAGGCUACUUGCUCUGCUUGACGGAGAGUGGUGCUAAGGGCCAAGGAGACGGCGAAAAAGUCCAAAUAGGAAUUGUGGCAGUCCAACCAGCAACCGGGAAUGUUAUACACGACAGUUUUGAGGAUGGGUUUAUGAGGAGCGAGAUUGAAACUAGACUGCUCCAUAUAGCCCCCUGCGAGUUACUCCUGGUUGGUGAGCUGUCUUCUGCAACGAACAAACUUGUCCAGCACUUAUCCAAGGGUAGAAUGACUACAUUUGGAGACAGUGUUCGGAUUGAGCGGAGGGAGAAGACCAAGACUGCUGCUGCUGAAGCGCAUAGUCAUAUAUCCAGUUUCUACGCCGGAAAGAUGGCGGCUACAGGAGCACCAGAGGAUACAAAAUCAAGCACUCUACUGGACCAAGUGCUGCAGCUACCGGACGAUGUCAGUGUUUGUUUAUCUGCUAUGAUUAAGCAUCUGACUGAGUAUGGGCUGGAGCAUGUGUUUGACUUGACGAAAUACUUCCAAUCAUUUUCAGCAAGAUCCCAUAUGAUGCUGAAUGGAAACACGUUAACAAAUCUAGAAAUAUACCAGAAUCAAAGUGACUACUCUUCGAAGGGCAGUUUGUUUUGGAGCAUGAACCGGACGCGGACGAAGUUUGGUCAACGUCUACUCCGGAGGUGGGUCGGAAGGCCAUUACUGGACAAAGCGAAACUAGAAGAGCGCACAGAGGCAGUUACGGAACUUCUCGAUUCAGACAAGUCUACUCUUACAUACAACCUGGGAUCUACCUUAACUCAGGUCAAAAUUGACCUUGAAAAAGCUUUGAUUCGGGUAUACUAUGGGAAGUGCACUCGGCCGGAAUUGUUGACAAUGCUGAAAAGCAUGCAGUCAAUCGCUAUGAGCUUUGCCCAUGUAAAGUCCCCAGCUGAUACCGGCUAUUCGUCCCCUAUCCUGAGCGAGUCAAUUGCCAUCCUACCUACAAUGCACGAUGACGUUGUUUCAUACUUGAAUAAAAUCAACGAAACAGCUGCAAAGAAAGACGACAAAUAUGAUUUCUUUCGCGAGUCAGAGGAAUCUGAGGAAAUCGGCGAACAUCGUCUGAUGAUCGGAACGAUCGAGUAUGAGCUUAAAGACCAUUUAAAGUCUAUAGCCGAGACGCUGGGCAAGAAGAAAGUCCAGUAUGUUUCAGUUGCAGGGAUCGACUAUCUAGUUGAGGUUGAGAACUCUCAAGGCGCGCUGAAGAAAGUACCGGCCUCAUGGCGGAAGAUUAGUGGAACUAAAAAAGUGUCACGCUUCCAUACCCCUGAAGUCGUGAAAAUGAUGCGAGAAAGGGACCAACAAAAGGAGUCUCUGGCUGCUGCGUGUGAUACGGCAUUCUUGAGGUUGUUGUCGGAUAUUUCAACGAAAUACCAGCUAUUUCGAGACUGCAUCCAGGCUCUCGCGACGAUCGACGCAUUGCACUCGCUAUCUGUCAUUGCUGCGCAGCCAGGCUACGUUAAGCCAAAAUACACAGAUGAUACAAUAAUAAACAUCUCUCAAGGCCGUCAUCCGAUGGUUGAGAAAAUUCUAAUUGACUCCUAUGUGCCCAAUGAUACCCAGCUAAGCACGGAUGAAACUAGGGCUUUACUCGUUACUGGUCCUAAUAUGGGUGGCAAGUCUAGCUAUGUCCGCCAAAUAGCUUUGAUAUGUAUCAUGGGCCAGAUUGGCUCAUACGUGCCCGCUGAAUCCGCUACGCUAGGCAUGCUUGAUGCCGUGUACACUCGUAUGGGGGCAUUUGACAACAUGCUUGCGGGCGAGUCUACUUUCAUGGUCGAAUUAUCGGAAACGGCCGAUAUCCUGAAACAAGCUACGCCACGUUCACUUGUGAUACUUGACGAGCUAGGCCGUGGAACAUCUACGCACGACGGUGUGGCCAUAGCGCAGGCGGUGCUGGAUUACAUGGUUCGUAACUUGAGAAGUUUGACGUUGUUUAUCACCCACUACCAGAACCUGAGUCGGCUUGCAAGCGCUUUUCCGGGCGGCGAACUACGAAACGUCCACAUGAAGUUUACUGAAACCGGUGACCAGGGACAGGAUAUUACGUUCCUAUAUGAAAUCGGUGAAGGAGUGGCCCACAGGUCGUAUGGGUUGAACGUUGCCAAGCUUGCAAAUAUUCCAGCUGGAAUAUUAGAGGUAGCUCAGGUCAAGUCGGAAGAGCUUGAGGCUAAGAUUAGCAGGAAGAAGAUGGGUGGUAUGCUCCAGGGUAUAUUCCAGGCCCUGUCUGACCAAAACACUAGUGAUAGCACUGAAGAGCAGGUUGAGCGCCUUCUUCAUGAUAUUGAAUUGUUGUAA